ACCUCUUGUAAGGGAUUCUGCAUUGAGAAGGAACCAAAUGUUGGUGCAGAAGCACGAGCACUGAAGAGCACAUCUAUGCCCUACAAGUACUGCUGGCCAAAAAGAGUUCCAUCUCUACUACAAAGCGCGUGCACAUCGUCAGUGGAAUGCACAUAUGCACAACACAGCUCGAAGAACUCCAGUUAUUGUACAUGGAUUAUAUAUUGGCUUUGUAUACACUAGCACAUAUCAAGCAAGACAGAUGAACUCCAGCCUUGUGUGCACUUUCAAUUAGCCUACAAGAUGCAAUUUAGUAUGAAUCGCAGGCAGCUUUGGAAGUGAAAGAGAAGUCUGAGAUCUCUGGCUGGAAGCUGAACGUGAUGACGGCCUGGUCUAUGGUGGAGAAGUUGAAAAUGGAGAAGAGGCAUUCCAAAGAAGAGAGGAAUGUGGAACAGGAUGCUGGGGACUACAGUGCUGAUUCUGAGGAAUGGACAAGCUCAGAAAGUGAGCCUGAACAACCAUGCUUCAAGAACAGCUGUAGCAAUACUCAGUGGAGGGAAAAGGAAAUUUCUACUAAACCACAUAGGCAACUCUGUCGCUCUCCUUGCCUGGAUCGUCCAAGUUUCUCACAGAGCAGUAUCCUUCAGGACUUGAAACUGGAAGAGUGUAAAAUAAACUUGGACAAGGAAUACCAGGCUAAAAUGGAUUUUGCUUUAAAGCUUGGGUAUGCUGGAGAUCAGAUCCAGGCAGUGCUGAACAAGUUGGGAGCAGAUGCUCUAAUCAAUGAUAUUUUGGCAGAACUCGUGAGACUUGGCAGCAAAGGUGAAUCAGAGGGACAAGGCAGUGUCGGCAGUAGCAGUGGUACUCUGGUGCCCAGGGGUCCUUGCCCAAAGGAAAUAGCCAGCCCUGAACUAUCACUUGAAGAUGAAGUAGUGGAUAACACUGACAACUUAAGACCAAUUGUCAUUGAUGGAAGUAACGUGGCUAUGAGCCAUGGGAAUAAAGAAGAAUUUUCCUGUCGGGGAAUUCAGCUAGCUGUUGAGUGGUUUCUGGAGAAAGGACACAAAGAUAUCACUGUAUUUGUACCUGCAUGGAGAAAAGAGCAGUCUCGACCCGAUGCACCAAUUACAGAUCAAGAAAUUUUACGUAAAUUGGAGAAAGAAAAAAUUCUUGUCUUCACCCCAUCUCGGCGAGUUCAGGGAAGAAGAGUGGUCUGCUAUGAUGACCGGUUCAUAGUAAAACUGGCUUUUGACUCAGAUGGCAUCAUUGUGUCAAAUGACAAUUAUCGGGAUCUUCAGAAUGAAAAGCCAGAGUGGAAGAAAUUCAUAGAGGAACGCCUGCUAAUGUAUUCUUUUGUGAAUGACAAAUUUAUGCCUCCUGAUGAUCCUUUAGGACGCCAUGGUCCAAGCCUUGAAAAUUUCCUAAGAAAAAGGCCUGUUAUUCCUGAACAUAAAAAACAACCAUGCCCUUAUGGCAAAAAAUGCACCUAUGGACACAAAUGUAAAUAUUACCACCCAGAACGUGCAAAUCAGCCUCAGAGGUCAGUAGCAGAUGAGCUUCGAAUAAGUGCCAAAUUGUCUGCUGUGAAAACUAUGAGUGAGGGAGCUUUGGCCAAAUGUGGCACAGGAUCAUCCAUUUCCAAAGGAGAAAUCAAUUCCGAAGUGAAACGUAUUGCCCCAAAACGCCAGUCAGACCCAAGCAUUAGAUCAGUUGCUGUGGAACCUGAGGAAAGAUUGUCAGUAGCGCGGAAGUCAGAGGCCAACUCUGUCCCGUCUCUUGUUUCUGCAUUAAGUGUACCAAUAAUCCCUCCUUCAAAAAGCCAUGCUGUUGGUGCAUUAAAUACUCGUUCUGCAAGCAGCCCUGUACCAGGUUCAUCGCAAUUUACUCAUCAAAAAUCCUCACUAGAACACAUGGCCAGUGUGCAGUAUCCUCCCAUACUGGUCACCAAUAGCCAUGGCACUUCUGUUAGCUAUACAGACCAGUAUCCCAAAUAUGAAUCUUUAGGGGACCAUGGCUACUAUUCCAUGCUCAGUGAUUUCUCCAAUUUGAGUAUAAGCAGUAUGCGUAACACAGAUUAUUAUGGGGCUGAUGCAGACCAAGGGAUGUACUCCAGACAUUCAAGCCCCUGUCCUGACACUCGCUUAAGCCAUACAAGUAAUGAUUCUUAUUCCUCUUAUAAUGAUUUGUAUCUGGGUGUAGCAGAUGCCAGAGCAGAAGACAAUGUGAAGGUCCACAGACUUUCAUCUCAAAAUCGUCUUCAGCCUUUUUCCCAUGGUUACCAUGAAGCCUUAACUAGAGUUCAGAGUUAUGGAACUGAAGAGCCUAAACAACUCCCUCGCAAACAGUCUGUUUCCCAUUUAGCACUGCAUGUCCAGCAUCCAGUUGUUGGAGCACGAUCCAGUUGUCCAGGAGACUACCCAGUGCCUCAGAAUGUUCAUCCAUCAGCCACUGCACAGCCAAGCCGUGCCUUGGUCAUGACAAGAAUGGACAGUAUUUCUGACUCACGGCUUUAUGAAAGUAACCCUAUGCGGCAGAGAAGGCCACCCCUCUGUCGAGAGCAGCAUGCUAGUUGGGAUCCAUUACCAUGUGCUGCUGAUACUUACGCUUACCACUCCUAUCCACUGAGCAACAAUCUCAUGCAACCAUGUUAUGAACCUGUAAUGGUAAGAAGCAUGCCUGAAAAGAUGGAACAACUGUGGAGGAAUCCAUGGAUUGGGGUAUGUGGAGAGCCACAGGAACAACAUAUUAUUCCAGAACAUCAGUAUCAGACAUACAAGAAUCUCUGCAAUAUUUUCCCUGCUGGUAUUGUCCUCUCAGUAAUGGAGAAAAAUCCCCAUAUGACAGACGCACAACAGCUGGCAGCUAUAAUUGUUGCCAAAUUGAGAACAGGGCGUUAAAAAGUUAGAACUUCUUUUUGAACUCUUAAAGACAAAUAGUAUUGAGUGUAUAGUGGGCAGGGUCUGGAGGAAAAGUUACAAAUAAGGGAAGUGGGCAAAUCUAUUGUAAAUAUUUUCUAAUUCUGUGGUAUAAAAUUCUGUACCCUAUAGCAAUCAUUAAAUAUAUGUGUGAGGCACUAUAUAAAAGAAGAUUGUAUUGUAAAUAUAAUGAAUAUUUUAGGAUUUCAAAAAUAGGGCAUUUUAAAGGUAUUUUACAGGAAGUACAUACAUUUUUGCAUGAAUAUAUUAUUUAACUAAGAACGACAAGGUUACACUUUUAGAGUCUAAAGCUGUUCAGUCAAAACUAUUGUUAGCAAUUAUAUUGCAUGUAUCAAUGUAUAUUUCAAUUUGAUUAUAAAUAUAUAAUUGGCUUUUCAAAAUAUGCUCUACACAUUCCAGGAUCAUAAGACUUUGGCUUUGACACUGCAUUUCUCUGGGUCAGAUAUUUUUUUUAAUGGGAUAACUUGCCAACAAUUAAAAUAAUCCUCCGUUUGUAAAACAAACCUGAUCUAUUCCCUUUUUCACUUUUAAAUGUCAACAUAAUUGGUAUCGCUUAGCUUUUAAAUCUGUCCACCCAGGGCUUGAUCCUGUAAGGUUUGCUGAGCACUUUGGCCCCAAUUCACCACAGGCUCCAAUCCAGAAAAGCAUUUAGGCAAAGGUGCUCAGCAUCUUGCAGGAUUGAGUCCCAAUUCAAUGUUAAAAGUAGGAUAAACUGUAGCCUUCCUCUUCAGAAGUACUGAUGAGUACAAAAUGUACAAUAGUACAUUUUAAAGGUCAAUUGUAGACUGUCACUUUACUCAUGCACUGUUCAUUACUCACCCUCCAGUGGAGGGGAAGGUAGUGGAUGUUAAUGUGUGAAUGUCCAGUUUAGUAGAAACUGCAACCCUUCUUUUGUGGCUAGGGAUAGUAUUUGAAGGAUUAGACUUACACUCCAACAAAUGUUUAAAAGGGGAGAGGGGCUGGUUCUGAAAAGGGAUGCUACAUCUUUGGCUUGCUGCAACCUGGCCUACUUUGCACUUCAGGUUGACUCAAAGGUGUGUAUUUUCCUCCUGAAGGAUUUUAAAGCUUUUAUUUUGACAGGCAAGAAAAAAAAUUGUGUGUGGCAUUGUUUGCGCAAUUAGUAUUUUGCUCAGGGGUGGGAACCUUUGUAGCUAAAUGCCUCCAUAAGAGGCGUUUAUUGGUUUUUUUAAGCUGCACUGAAUGGACGCCCUUUUUGAAUCUAUGUAUAUUUCAACAUUUUGAACCAUUACUAACUCGAUAUGUCUCGAGCUAGGACUUGUUGACUUCUACUGUAGUUUUUUUCAUGAAAGUUGAGAAGGCCUGGUUUAUGGCCUUUUGUUUCUUCAUGAGAAGGUGUGACACUGCCUAAAUGUUUCUUACUGUGAAACACACAGAACGUGAGGCUGCAGUCAGGGUUGUUUCUGGUGUUUUGAUAAUGGCUUGCAUGCUGCUUUCUGGUUCUGUUUGUCUGAGGACCAAAGACUACUACAUCACUACUUCCUCUUGCUACUGUAAAACCUGCAUUGAUUCUAAGUGUAUCUUGUGGGCUAUUUAUCAUGUGCAAAAUGUGAAAGAGUUAUAGAUGCAAUUAAAGUAAAUGUAUUAGUAUGUUGGCUGUUCACAUCAUUUCACACAUGAUAAAUAUUCUAGUGUCCACACAGCUACCGCUCAGACUACUUACAUAUUUCGU